CAUGACUGAUGUCAACGUCAGAAACUGAAAUGUACCUCGGCGUGGACAUAAUUUGUAAACCGCACAUGGCUAGGGGGCAGCAAAGAAUUCAGUCACAAGUAAAAGCAGCUGAGAAAGCCAAGGCAGCCAAAAAACAGGGUCACAACGCCAACGAACAGAAAAAGGCUGCCCAGAAAGCGCUGUUGCAUAUUUGCUCCGUUUGCAAGACCCAAAUGCCGGAUGCGAAGACAUACAAGGUCCAUUUUGUGAACAAGCAUCCCAAAUGCGAGAUUCCAAUUGAAUUGAAAUAUAUCUAGAGAUAUUAAAAAUAAUGUUAAAUGUCUAAAUAAAGGUAUGAAUAGUUACAAAAGUUAAAUCAGGGUGAAUUUUUAAUUUGAGAUCAGUUGAUGUAUUAAAUAAAACUGUGUAGAAAGACAUUUUAUAAAUUGUGACCAAACGUAG